CACUUGCCUGUCACUUGUAUUUAAUAGUUACUUACCUAAUACCUACGUUUCCCUGUGCCCUGUGAUGUGUUAACUUUUUGAGAUCAUUAGAUAUUAUGUUUUCUUAAAUUACGAAUUUACGGUUAGAAGUGUAAAAAGAUUUAAUGAAACAAGUUAAUUAUCAGUAGUUACAAAUUUUAUUUUACGUGCGGAGUUUCGAACUCCCUAAUUCAUUCGUAAUGAUGGCUGGUUCGGCUUUAAGGAGGCUAAUGGCCGAAUACAAGCAACUGACCGUAAAUCCUCCAGAAGGCAUUAUAGCAGGACCUGUCAAUGAAGAAAAUUUUUUCGAAUGGGAAGCCUUAAUAACGGGACCAGAAGGAACUUGCUUUGAGGGUGGUAUAUUUCCAGCUAAACUACUUUUUCCUCCGGACUAUCCUCUUAGUCCACCAAAGAUGCAGUUUAUUUGUGAAAUGUUUCACCCAAAUAUCUACGCAGACGGCAGGGUGUGUAUAUCUAUUCUGCAUGCGCCCGGAGACGACCCAAUGGGGUACGAGAGCAGUGCGGAGAGAUGGUCGCCAGUGCAGAGCGUUGAAAAAAUUCUGCUUUCGGUCGUUAGUAUGCUGGCUGAACCUAACGAUGAAAGUGGAGCUAAUGUUGAUGCCGCGAAGAUGUGGAGAGAAGAUCGCGAGCAAUUCAAUAAAAUAGCGGAGCGUUUGGUUAGAAAAACGCUAGGUCUACCGCCGCCGGAGUAGUACCCCGUGUUGUACGGGUCGGCCGAUACAUUUAGACGAAAUAAAGUGUUAAUUGUAUUAUAUAGUCGUAAUAUUCCAGAAAACAUGCAAAUACAACAUUUAUGUUCUACUUUUGACGUUAUUCAUCGAAGACACGAACUCUUCGCGAGAUAGCAACCUACCGGUAAUGGUCGUUGGUCAGUUCUGAAUACCCUAACAGUAGUUUCUAGAGUGCAUACGCAUCUUCUGGGCAAGCGCGCUCCAUCUUAGACUGUAUCAUCACUUUCCAUCAGGCGUGAUAACAGUCAAGUGCUAGCUUAUAUAUUAAAAAAAAAAAGUAGUUGCCACACGUGAUUAAAUUUAUUUAUUUAGCAGUUACUUAUAUUUUGGCUUAGGUUCUUUGUGUAGUAUAUUGUUUUUUUUUUAAUCAAAAUAAAAAUAAGUAAACGAUAAUAGUCAUGCGCAUGACGCGUAUAUAUUUUUUGGCGUAUAUGCUUAUUUAUUUAUUUAACUCAUCAACAUGAGAACAGAUGAUGACUUAGCACUUCUCUAUUAUUUAUAUUUCUUUACUAUAUAAGCUCGCUCACGUCUUACAAAAAAAAUACAUGUACUGUGUCGUGAAACUUCACAGACAUUUGUAUAAAAUGCAGUCAUAGCGAUGUGUUCAACAUAUGAUAUAUAUCUCUGUCUCUGUUACACAUUACCAAACAUUAUAUUUAUAAGUGUAAUAAAAAAACAAUGUUAUAUAUCGAUCAAAGUAUUUAGUGCAAAGAUUAUACAUUGAAAUGUGAUGUGAGGAGUGAGCCGUUUAUGUCGUGGUGUGUCCGCAGUGCCGUCGUUGAGCCGGCGGUCGCCUCCUCGGCCGAGACGGGUCGUUAACUCGUGUUACGUAUGAAUAUGUAAACUAGCGACCAUUACUAGGUUAGUCUACUCAAUUUUUUAUUUAUUUUCAUUCGAAGCGUCCGCUAUAUUUGCGUGCUACACUUACACGAAGAGCAAAAUGAUUAAUAUUUAAGCAGUACUGGUCGCAGCCGGGAGGUGCGGCCCACCCUAACCGUGGUCGGUUACUUCGCGGAAUGGAUCAGACUCAUAUAUAUAUACGUAUAAUUGUGUACAAAUAUGAAGUACCCUAGCGAAUUGAACUUGUAUAUUUAGAGGUGGUGGAUAAACGGCUCGUUCUUAUUGAACUAGCGAUAUCAAAUAAUCGUGAGACAAUAAAUGUUACCUCAUCUUGCGGUAAAUGUUAUUUCCUUAACAGCUGCAUCUCGACUGUUAUUUAAACGUAAGACAAAGCGUGUUAUCCAUAGAAUAUAUCCUUAAAACUGUUGCUUCUCGCGUUAGAUUAAGCCUAAUAGCGUUAUAUACUUGCGACGUUAACGGUGAGCAAGCUAUGAAGCAACGGUUUCCAAGUGCAGGCGCUGCGUUCCGUUUAGCUCAGUCGGUCGCAGUUUGUAGAUAUGACGCGUAACUAUUUUGUUUAAAUAAUAAGCAAGUUUAUCAGCCGCCUGCCACAGCGAUACUUACUUGUAUUGUGUUGGCAGUUUAGACUAUCGUGUCCACGCCGAAACGUAUUCCGUGCUGAGUCGCAACUAUACGCAGCUAUAGAUGUGAAGAUAAAGUAGGAAAAAUAAGAAACAAUUAAUUGACAAUAAAUGAGCUAUACCCGGCCAGUUAAUUGGUAGGGCUCGUUCACACGAGGUGAUUAACUGCUGAAUCGAAAUCGAUUUUAAUCGUCUAAACUGAUUUUCUGAUUAAAGUCAAAAUCAUAAAUAGAUUCAAUAAAAUUUUGCAAUUUUUCAACUGAGGACAAUUUUAUUUUAAAUUAAAUGCGUUUUUAAUUUUUGUAAAGCAAAAAAUAUGAAGUCAAUUAAAAGCGACCCGCGUUAGCCGCUGUAAGUAUCAAUGCUGCGCGAAUUGAUUAAUCUUAAGAGCGUCUAUUUACAAUAUUACGAAGAUGACGACGACGGGGCUAUCUGUAUUUUAAUUUUCAACAAUAUGAAGGGUGUCAUGUAAUAUAUUUCAGGCUUUGCGACUGAGACUAGCUAAUAAUCAUUUACACUUGUUAUAUUUUUGUAUACAAUUCGCAACUGGAGCUGCAUCUAUUUAAAAAUAAAUUAUUUAUAAUAUAAUGUA